AGUCAAACAGGUCGGACCAAGUCCCACAGGAUGGACUCUGACAGAAAUCAACAGGGCGGAGGACUUUAAAGUUGUUUAUGUGUUUAAAUAUAUGUAUUUUUCACUGCUAUAGUCAUUCAAUUUAGAGAAGACGCGCGCGCGACAGAGAGCAGGUAGGCUAUGGCACAUCAAGCCGCAACAUGACCGACAGGGAGUUCAUUCAGAGAGUUUCGCGCGUGUGUAUUGGAGUUUGUUAACGGGAGCGAGCAGAAGACAGGGGAGUAAGGUUAGACGCGCACUAGGUAAGUUAGUACGGUUCUAGAGUUUAAAGAGGAAAUCUCUUUGGGUUGUCUUCCGUGCGUAAACGUGCCUUCCGCGGGCGAUGCCGCCGGUGGCUCCCUGGCGCACAGGACUGCUGCUCAGCUUCCUGUGUUCCUGCGCAUGUCUGGAGAAAGAGUGCGUCCUUGGCAUGGUGGGGCGGCCAGUGUCCCUGCCCUGCGUCUACCCCCAGUUAUUACCCUUUGUGAAUGUUUCCAUUGAGUGGAGGAGAGGUGAAAAAGUAGUGCUCAAAUCAGUGUGGAAAAAGGAUGGGGAUGUGGAGGAAUGGAGCAUUAACAGGGCCACAACCCCAGCGGACGCAGCCCUGACUGGGGACGUCUCUCUGCAGCUGCCCACAGUCGGUCCCACAGAACACAACACCUCCUACAGUCUCCUGGUCACUGCAGGGGCCAGUCAGAGCACCGAGCUGUGCACCGUGUGCCUCAGGACAGCAGCCAGUUUCAGCUCCCCACUUCUGCAGAGGGAAGAGGCCCAGCAGGGAGAGGAGGCGGCCUUCUUGUGUCACUCCACUGGGGGGUUUCCUGAACCGGCAGUAUACUGGCUCAUCAACAACACAGAGGAGCCCCCCGAAGGCUCAGUGAGGACCCUGGCAACCUCACACCCAGACUCCCGUCUGUACAACAUCACAAGCUACCUGACGGCCAACAUUUCCCAAGACGCCAGCGUGUCGUGCAUCGUAGAGAACCUGAUCAUAAACCAAAACUUGACAUCUACAGACUAUGGAGUAAAGGGCAGCCCUGUGGGGAGUCGAGCGUUCGAAGCCUUGUGGAUGUUCAGCACGGCUCUCUGUGUGGUGGUCGGGGCCUUGGUGCUGGCAGGGGUCCUCUAUCAGAUUCACCUGGACAGGAAGAAGAACCAGUACCCAGAGCAGCGCCCUAACAGAGGAUACAAACGUCGACGUCCAGACGAGGAGGAGGCCGAGGAGAUGAAGCCGGAGGGAAAGGAGACUGAUUUGUGAGACAAAUCCUCGUUAACGGUCACCUUUCUGACCUCACGCAAAUACAGCGUUGGCUUGUAAAUAUGGAGUUUUUGUGACUGCUGGGUUCACCACGUCAAUAUUCAAAACAAGUGGUGGGUCCUAUGUAGAUAUAAGUAUAGUGUCUACAAUUGACCUCCUGUGUAGUCUUUCCGUUUGAUGCACACUCCCUUUCUUCUUGUUGUGGUUUAAUAAAAAUAAUUAAACCCA